AUGGCCCAGUCCCCUCCUCUGCAGAGCCUCUUCAGCCACGACCAGUGGAUCUUACCCCAGGGUUGGGGCUGGGCCGGCCACUCGGACUCCACGUCCCCGGCCUCCUCCUCAGAUUCGUCAGGCUCAUGUCCCUGCGACGGUGGCCGCGGCCCUUCGCAGCCCAUGCCCCCAGCCCGCAGCUCGGCAGAGGCCUCCUCGACAGCGCCGGGACGUGCGCGGACCCGGCCGGCAGGCGGGCAGCGGCAGAGCGCCAGCGAGCGCGAGAAGCUGCGCAUGCGCACGCUCGCCCGCGCCCUGCACGAGCUGCGCCGCUUUCUGCCGCCGUCCGUGGCACCCACCGGCCAGAGCCUGACCAAGAUCGAGACGCUGCGCCUGGCCAUCCGCUACAUCGGCCACCUGUCGGCCGUGCUGGGCCUCAGCGACGAGAGCCUGCAGCGCCGGCGCCGGCGACUCGGCGACGCGGUGCUCCCUCGGGGCUGCCCGCUGUGCCCCGACGGCGGCCCCGCGCAGGCGCAGACGCAGGCAUGCGACCCAGGCUUGGGCUCAGCUGCCAGCGCCGUGGCGUCCUGGGGGUCCCCGCCCCUCUGCCCUGGAUCCCUAGCAGAGCCAGAUGGCCUGGGGAGCAGGGUCCCCGACAUGGGUCCCUGGGUGACACCCUCUUACUGCCCUGGGAUACAGUCGCCCCCACAGCUGUCCCAAGGGAAAGCCCUUGACGCGGUGCUUUGGACGCCAUCCCAAGCUUGUUCCGGAACACAGACACCCCCAGAGCACGGGAACCAGGCCACGCCCUGGACACCGCCGCCCGCAUCUCUGGAGCUGGCUACAGUGUACCAGGGUAUCUCUGUGUCUACGGAGUCCUGUCUGUUGCCAGAAAUCCCUCCCCUCCUGCCCUGCCCAGCAAGCCAGAGACUCCAGCCUCAGACCCAGUGGGGAUGCUGGAGCCACAGUGCAGAGGUGCUGACCAGCUCAGAAGACCAGGGACCAGGCCCCGCCUUCCAGCUCAGUGAUGAAGUCCCUCCCCAGAGCUCAGGCUUGCAGCUUAGUGGCUGCCCUGAACUUUGGCAAGAAGAUUAGGGGGCCCACCUGGGCAUCUUCUACUAAUGGCCUUCCCUGCCCCCUUUUCAACCAGGAAUCAGGCCUGUAGUGUAUGAUGCCCUCCUCACCUGCUAUUUCAUUGGUUAUCAGGCUUUCCUUUAGCCAAGGAUGUCUUUCCCAAAUGAUGUCUUUCCUGGAAGCAAUGUUUUAAACAGAUAGAGGGGUGGCCUCCCUGGCUGAAGUUGGGGCUGACAUGGUCUGUCCACUCCUAGAUGUCCCCAAGAACGACCAGUGCUUAGUAGAGCACAGCCCGAGCUGCAGUGGGAUGGUGGCUGCUUGACCACAAUAGUUGGUCGGGCUGGGACUGGCGGGGGAGUGGAUUUUGAGGGGUGGGGUU